AUGAACUUCAAGGAAAUCAAAAAGAGGAGCAUCUUGGCAGGCCUUCGCACAAUGAAGGCACCGGCUGUGGUUGCGAUGCUUGUCAGCAUGGUGUUUGGCAUGUCGUUCUUGGACUUCAGCCCUUCAAACCAGCUUCAACACCUUGAGCUUUUUGCUGGGGAUUGCGCUGUAUCCCGGGCUGAACAAUGGGAAGGCCGAAAAGUUAUGGCCAUGGACAUCGCCUUUGGUGGAAGCAACAUGGACCUACUCUCCCCCCAAGGAUUCCUUGGAGCAAUCUAUCACGCAUGCAGACUCGAGCCUGGGAGCGGCGCGCUUGCUGCACCAGUGUGCAGUAGCUUUGUGUUCGUGAAUAGAGGCACUUCUCGAAGAAGUUCCAGCAGGCCAAUGGGAGAAGAGAGCUACCAAAGCGUGAGGGCUGGAAACGUACUUACGGCCAGAACAUUGAUUAUCAUGAUGAUUUGUCACGCCCUUGGAUGCUUUUGGUGUUUAGAACAACCAAAAGGGUCACUCAUGGAAGAGCUGCCAGUUUUCCAGCAAUUCCUGAAGAAAAUCCCUACUCGGAAGCAUUGCUUCAACAUGAGAGACUAUGGUGCUGCAUCCCAGAAACCCACGUGGCUCUAUGCAAGUGAGGAAAUCAUCAACGAGCUGCCUUGCUUCAAACCAAAAUGGUUACCAGAGAUACCACCGGCCGAAAUGGUGGUGAAGUAUGUGGACGGGAGCGGCAAGGAGAGGGUGAAAGGUGGAUCUCAGUUGAAAAGCAGCCAAUCAUACCCCUUGCCGCCAAAGAUGGGAAGAUUCGUCCUCAAGCAUGCGGUCAAAGACUUGCCGGUUUUUGGACCAAUGGGAAAGAGUACAAAGAAGGAGGACAUGAAGCCUGUCAAAGGUGUAAAGAAGGGGAAAGUAAAGAACGAAAGUCAUAAGAAAAAGGAGCAGGACACCCAGAAGGUCUCGAAGCCAGUGAAGCCUUCGAAGGUGGCAAAGAAGGAACAUGGCAAGAAGACGACAGACAAGAAGGACAGAGAUAUGAAGGGUUCAGAAAAACAAGCAAAGGGCAGCAGCAGCGACAAGGUGACCAAGAAUCACAAGAAGACCCCGGAACCUGUGCCAAAGAAAGACAAGAAGAGCAGCAAGAAGACACCUGAGGCUUCCCAAGUGGGCACCGCAGCCAAGCCUUCAAUUAUGAAGAAGCAGUCCAACCAACCUCCAGCAGAGCCUCCUACCCGAAGGAUCAGCUUCAAGCAACCAGCAGAGACAAGCCCAUCGACGCCCCCUGACAAGGUUCGACGCCUCUCUUCUCCGACUCUUUCUGUGGCUUCAGAGGACUCCUUGGCCAAGUUGAAGAUGGAAGCCAAGGAAAAGAACAUGGAGUUCGCAGACUACCUGCAGCACCUGUCCCGUGAGCAAUUGGACAAGGAAGUUGAAGCACACAUGACAUGCCUAGUGGCUGAACAAGGUGGGGAGAAAGAUGAGGAGAAGGAAGGCGAGGAAUCAGACGGAGAUGAAUCCGACCCAGGGGAAGAUGAGGCAGCCUCUGACCCACCGGACUCAGAGAGCAGCGAAGAGAAUGACAAAGGGAGUGACAGUGACAUGCCAGACCAGCUUGAUGAACCAGGCAGUGAGGAGGAGGAUACAGGAUCAGAAGACAGCUCAGACACUGGGAGUUCAGACAAUGAGGACAUAGAGGACCAGGUCAAUGCCUUGGUGCCAUAUGCAGACCAAGCAAAGAAGGACACAAGCCAAGCUGCAGCAAACCAGGCAGACAGCAAGAUUGACACAGAGAAGCAGCAGCAGCAGCAGCAGCAGCAGCAGCAGCAGCAGCAGCCAACGACAACCCCACAGGGCAACGAAGCUGCUUUGCAAGUGGCAGUGCAAGAGCAGCGGCUGGUGGGCGAAAAGCAGGCUAAAGCGAAGGACUUGAUGGCACGUCUUCGCACCCAGGGGCUCUGGGCAUGGGAUGAAGAUUUUGAGAAGGAUGAAGAGGAGAUUUUCUACUUCACCAACAUGGGGUCUUCCUUCAAGAAGGAGGACAUGACCAGUGAAUCCCUUCAGGUUAAGGUCACUGAGAAAGGCAACCGAGAGCUGGCUGAGAGUCUCACGGUGGAAGGUGGUCCGCUGCAAGCGGGCUUGAUGCCGUCGAUGCCUGUGGCAGAUGAGAAGAAAUUGCUUGAGACUCUCACCAGUGAACCAGUAGAGUCUGUGGGGGUCAAGAAGAAGAAGGCAAGCAAGGAUAAGGUGAUCACGGAGAAGAUGCAGGAUUGCCUGAAGGAGAGUGGUGAGGCGAGAAAAUAUGCCAUCUCACUCCAGAACCUUGAGUACACAGGAGACCUGGCAUCGAAGCUCAUGAAUUUCUCAGCAAAGAUGGAGACAACGUACCAGAAGUUGGCUGACUUGAUUUCCAGGAAGGUCCAGGACUCACAUCAGUACGUCAAGUAUUUGGAGAUAAUUGAGGACAAGCUCAAUUGGUAUGAAAAAGCCAAGGCAUCUGCGAAGGCAUUGGCGAGCGGGUUGAAUCCACGGCCUAAGAAGAAGGUGAAGAAGUCAAGCAAGGACAAAGGUCAGACGGCAACCUCGGUGAAGCGCUGCAGAAGCAAACGCUUUGAGGCAAUGUCGAGGUGUGAAAGUGCUGAUGUGUACUUAAGAAUGAUUGGAUCUGGUCGGGCAUCUAUCGCAGAAAUCUGCGAAAUUAGCCGUGCUAAUGUCGCUGAUGGGUCCAAAGCGGAAGCUUUACACAGCUUGAAGUUCCUGGCGAAUCCGAAGCUGUUCCUCACCAAGUUCCGUCCAAAUGGGGAGGAGUUGUUUGGCUUCCGUAAGGAAAGGGCAGGGACAUGCCUUGCAGGCAUGGCAGACUACGUCGCUGGCACCAGGCCUCUAUCUCCAUGGAGGUGCGUGGAUGGAUGGCACCUGGGAACCGUUUUCCAUGACCCGAUGCAUUUCCUAUACUUGGGGACUUUGAGGGAUCUCUAUGCAAGUGCGUUGGGAUAUUGGCUCCGAAAUGGUUACUAUGGGGAUGGGACGAUGCCUCAAAAGUUGAGGGCUUUUUCCAAAGACCUCAAAGAUCAAUCCCGCCGAGAAAGGAUCAUUCUUACGUGCAAGACCUUCACACUGGCGAACACGGGUUUGGAGAAGCCAAACCAAUACCCAGAAAUUGGCUCUGCAUUCAAAGCGGCAUUUAUGAAAGGAGCUAUGUGGUUCUUCACCAAAAUUGCCAUAGAGUUGGCCGAAGCAAACCCAGAUGAUGAAAUCUUGAGACUUAUGACAGUGUGCUUCUGGAAUCUUUUCAGCGCAUUGGUUGUGCUGGACCAAGCUGACAUUCUCUUACGUGAUGAGGAUGCUAAGGAGUUCAAUGACUACAUCCAGAUCCAUCUUAUCGCGUGGCAGCAUUUGGCAGCCAUUUGUGAGGGGAAGGCCUUGAGACUUUUCAAACUGAGGCCCAAACAUCACCAAUGCGACCAUACUCGGACGCAAACCGCCCGAACAAAGUUAAACCCUAGAAGGGUAAUGCAAUGCUUUGGUGAUGAAAGUUUUUUGGGGUAUUGGAAACAGAUAGGUGUGAAAUGUCAUGCCUCCUCUGUCUUGACUCGUAUCUACCAAAGAUACUUGAUGUUUCUGAGUCUUCGCUGGCGAGAUGUCAAGGGCGAUUGA